AUGGCCGAGAAUGGGCUCGACGGCCAUAUUACAGAACUCAACAUCUCCUCAGCAACGCAGAGAUGCCAUCAGCUGUUAACGCGAUGCCUAGAUAUCCGGCUCCUCAUGGAGCGCGAAUGGGCGGAGAAUAGGCUCGCUGACUUCAAUCUUUGGGCUUCGGGAAUUGGCGCUACCGCAACAGAGACGGACAAAAUAUCUUUGGAUGCAAGGCUUAGCGGAAGACCUACGCUCCUUACUAUCUUCACCCGUCUUUUGCAAAUGCUGAUAGGUUUUCUUGAAGAGUGUCUGACAUUAGGUCUCCAUCAGUGCGCGGAUGAGCUUGAGCAACAUUUACAGUGGUUGGCACGCAGUCACGACAUUGUGGCAGACCAUGAGCAAAGGAGCAGAACCCCACGGAAACGACCAGGUCCAAACCGCCGAGCAUCAAGGUCACCAUCGCCAUGGUCUGACCAGUCCAACCUGGAUUCAUCAUUGGACGAUCUUGGCGACCAUGACAAUGGUCGACUCGCCGAAGCCAUGAUGAGUGUUGACUCCAUCUUGGAUCAGUUGAACAACCUCAGCCUCGCUGUCCGCCGAGCAGGAAGCCAGCUCCGCCUACAAAAGGCCGAUUCACGUUUUAAGCGAUCAGAUCACUCGAGCCUGGAAACGUUCCUCAAGUUCUGGGUACUAACGUGUACGAGUACGAAGAUCAUUCCUCUGGAUCCCUCCGUGGACAAUCGGGACCGCUUGAGUCCUAUCCAAUUGCGCCUGAUUGAGACCAAUCUCAUCAGACGAAACCGGUUUUUAUAUGCUCAAAGGCACUCAAAGAGACUGCUCGGGAACAGACAAACUCUUCAGACUGAACCUUCGGUGCCCACCGCGGAGCCAUGUGAGACUCUGCCACUGUACGAGAAUGCGCAACCAGAGUUACUCCCACGCCGCCAUGACCUUCCUGCAGCGCGACAGCUCUCUGAUGUGCCUCUGAACCCCGCCGCUGACGACUCAACUGCGACCCGACUCGAAUCGGCCACAGAGAUCCUCAGGGAGACCAAAGGCCGACAUUCUCAGAUAACCUCGACUGCUCUGCGGGUUCGUUACCCUAAUCCGCCCAAGACACGUUCAGGUACCAGGUUCUUUAAGUGUCCCUGUUGUUGCCAGACUUUGGAUCGCGGAUUCUCUUUGGGCAGCCGCUGGAGGAGACACCUCGCAGAAGACAUCUGCCCAUAUACGUGCAUUGACAAUGACUGUCCCACGCCCCACGCCACCUUCGUCACACGACAAGCCUGGAUGGAACAUAUGAAAGGGGAAGAGCAUUCCACUGACAAAUUUUGGACUUGCCUGAUAUGCGCCGAUGAUGUCAAACAUGAGGAUGAGUCAUCUCUAUCGAAUCACAUCAAGGAGAAACAUGAGGAGCACAUCUCUGUCGAGCAGAUUCCGACUUUGCUUGAUGCAUGUCUGCAAACGUUCUCGACCACCGAUUUGUCUUGUCCAUUAUGUUCAAAGGACGAGGCAGAAGACAGUCGAUCCUCUCUAGAUCACAUCGCCGAGCAUAUCCAUACCUUUGCUCUACUUUCCCUUCCAUGGGCUCCGGACGCUCCCAUCGUGAAUCCUAGCGUGGUGAAAGAAUCAAGCAACAGGGUGCUUUUGUGGCUAGAGUUGAAUAAUUGUUUGACACCGGACGCUCCAGGAGCACCAGCUGUGCAAAACAGCACUAUCGACGAAGCGAGUCUCUAUUUUGAGAAUGAGGAGUACUUCGCGGAGAAUGAAAGCAUGAAUUCCAGUUCGAGCAGCGCUUCGACUGACACAGACCGGGACCUGGAAGGCUUUCAUGUCGAAGGCCCAUUGGUGUUCACUGAGGUCGAUUUGGACACAGAGAGAGACUUUACCAGCGAACUUCGACUGCCGGCUAGGCUCUUCAUUGGAGGUCUUGCCUGGCAUACAAGCGACGAAACAUUAUAUAAAAGGUUCCAACAAUUUGGCAAGGUAGAAGAGGCUGUUGUCGUUAGACAUCGAGAUACGAAUCGUAGCCGAGGCUUUGGUUUUGUGCGCUUCUCAACUAAAGCGGAAGCCGAUGAAGCACUCCAGAGAAUGAACAAUGCACAGCUCGACGGCCGCCGGAUUCGAGUAGUUCAUGCUGCUCAGAGCAACAGACAGGGUGAUCCUGGUCGAGGUGGUGGAUUUGCGGCAGACGAAACGAUCAGCAACCAGCCUCAGCGCAUGAUGAAUCAAGGCCAGCCAGCGGCCAAUCCCAAUCAGGCCAUGGAGGUUGGCAUGGGCGGUAACGCUGGCCAAAUGGGUCAAAGAUUGCAUCUCCACCAAACAAGUGGACGAAAAUCGCCUCCGAGCCUUUCUAUACGCCCUGACGAUUCCUCCUCUCUACCACCGCCCUCACCGUCUUCGAGUCGGCAUAGCCCGUCAUCUUCCAAUGAUGCUGCAUCGAUCGCAGAGGGUACUAGUUUAAUGCAGCGAUCUUUGGUUUUCGAUUCGCCUAAGUCGCAGAAGCGCAGUCGCGAGUCGGAUGAACGCGAGCCGGAGGAAGUUCCGAAGCAGAUGACUGUCGAAAUGCCGAGAUGGCUAAACAAAAGCCGAGCAGAAAUAUCAUCCACGUUUCAAGACCUGGAGUGGAAGCAGCGAUACCGUCUCCAUCAUGCGGCUCAGAACCCGGAAACGUCUCUAUUUCGGGUUGACAGGUCACUCGAAGUGAUCAAGAGGAACCGUUACGGUAACGUGCAGCCCUGGGACGCUUCAAGAGUCAAAUUGAAGAAGCCCAUCGAUGGUUCGGACUACAUCAAUGCAUCUCCUGUCAUCCUCACCAGUAAUAUACCAGCAGUGGAUGGCGAAGGGAGGAGCACCAUGCCAUUGCCAACCAACCGACUAGAGAGAAAUUACAUUGCCACGCAAGGACCCAAGGAUGGAACGUUACUUCACUUCUGGCACAUGGUCCUACAGGAGUCGUCUGGAGUCGUUGGGGUCAUCAUAAUGCUUACCAGGCUCUUCGAAGGCAACAAGGAAAAGUGCGGCCAAUAUUAUCCGAAUGAUAUGGAGAAUCCUACAAUGAUUAUAUCUACACCUAGGCCCGAAGAAGAGGAAUCAUCUGUGAGAGGGGAUGGUACAGAUGAGGACAAAACAGCUGUUCACAAGUCAAUCAGCGACAUGCAGCCCAGUGCCCGUUCGCUGCAAAAGACACCUACGAACGGAGGCGAAAAACAGCAGGACGGAGCAAGCGAGGAUGAAACCACCAUUACCGAACAGCCUCACAGAAAGAUUCCUGAUAUCGAGCCUAACAAGAUGGAAAGAAGCAGUGCUGGAAACGAGUGUACCAUCACGUUACUUUCCAGUUAUUACGAUCGAGAUAUCAGCUGUGAGGUUCGAACAUUACACUUGAGGAUCGGGGAGGACGCUAAAAUCAUACAUCAUUAUUUGUUCAACGAAUGGCCAGAUUUCGGGAAUCCCGAAGCCGAGGACCAGAGAGGACUUGUCAAGCUGAUGCAAAUCUCAAAGACCCUAGCAGGAGACUCCCCCCGCGUCAUUCACGAUAGUGCUGGAGUCGGGCGAACUGGCACUUGGAUUGCUUUGGACUUCCUUUUGGAGAUGCUCGAGACUGGAAGACUGAUUCAGGGAUCUACACCCAUGCUGAAAGAUUCUGAGGACAGUGGAGAAGACGUCAUUGAAGAAAUAGUGAACAAGCUGCGCGAGCAGCGUAUGAUGAUGGUCAUGAACGAAAUGCAAUACAGUUUCAUCUACGAGGUUCUCAAGGACGCGUUUGUGGAGAAAUACGCCGUCAAGUUUCCCGACAAAGAGAGGCCAGAAGAUUCUUCUGGGCGUGACCGAGACUGCAGGCGCACCAAGACCAGUCUAACCCUUCCUGCAGAGUGGACAUGA